AUGGAUUCCGCUAAGGCUCCCGUCAAGCUCGUCAAGGUGACCCGCGUCCUUGGCCGUACCGGCUCGCGUGGUGGUGUCACCCAGGUCCGUGUCGAGUUCAUGGACGACCAGUCCCGCAGCAUCAUCCGCAACGUCAAGGGUCCCGUCCGUGAGGACGAUAUCCUCUGCCUCCUCGAGUCCGAGCGUGAAGCCCGCAGGCUGCGAUAA